UAACUCUCCACCCAUUUAUAAUAUUUUCUAUUUCUACAAUUUUCCACAAACAUCUAGAUGGUGUUUCGAGAAUAUUCGCUCUUCGCCCCAAAUCAUAUAAAUACCUGCCUUCGUUCUCUUCUCAAUCAUUAUUGAAAAAUAUUUCAAGCAAUUGAGACCAAAGUAUUCAACGAAGUGUUAUUUUAAACAAGUCGUUAUUCGUACUAAAAGAAAAACUUAAGUGAAGUAAAUAAAAGUAUUUUAAAAACAGUGAAAUUAAAAGCAGAGAACAAAACUAGAAAAUACUCGAAUAUACCACAAGUUAAAUUAUAUCAAAAUUUGAGUUUGAAUUUUGAAGUUAAAAGCAGAAAAGAAAAAUCAUACUAAGACAAAAUGCCAGCAAUCGGAAUUGAUUUGGGAACAACCUACUCGUGCGUUGGAGUCUUCCAACAUGGCAAAGUAGAGAUCAUUGCCAACGACCAAGGCAACCGCACAACACCCAGCUAUGUGGCAUUCACAGAUUCGGAAAGACUAAUCGGCGAUGCGGCCAAGAACCAGGUUGCCAUGAAUCCCAAGAACACAGUGUUUGAUGCCAAGAGAUUGAUUGGACGCAAAUAUGAUGAUCCAAAAAUUCGAGAUGACAUGAAGCACUGGCCAUUCAAAGUAGUAAGUGAGGGUGGCAAGCCGAAAAUUGGAGUCGAGUUCAAAGGAGAACAGAAAAGAUUUGCCCCCGAAGAGAUUAGCUCGAUGGUGUUGACGAAGAUGAAGGAGACAGCAGAAGCCUACCUGGGAGAGACAGUGAGGGACGCAGUUAUCACAGUUCCAGCAUAUUUCAAUGAUUCACAACGCCAAGCUACCAAAGACGCCGGAGCAAUAGCUGGACUGAAUGUUCUGAGAAUCAUCAACGAGCCAACAGCAGCAGCAUUAGCGUAUGGACUAGACAAGAAUCUCUCCGGUGAACGAAAUGUGCUGAUUUUCGACUUGGGAGGCGGUACCUUCGACGUUUCCAUCUUAACAAUCGAUGAGGGUUCGCUGUUUGAAGUGAGGGCGACGGCUGGAGACACACACUUGGGUGGCGAGGACUUUGACAAUCGCUUGGUGACUCAUCUGGCAGAGGAGUUCAAGCGAAAGUACAAGAAAGACCUUCGUUCGAAUCCUCGAGCCCUUCGUCGUUUAAGAACAGCCGCAGAAAGAGCUAAACGAACACUGUCAUCCAGCACAGAAGCCACUAUUGAAAUCGAUGCCCUAUUUGAGGGAGUUGACUUCUAUACGAGAGUGACACGAGCUCGCUUUGAAGAGCUGUGCGCUGAUCUGUUCCGUGGAACUCUGGAACCAGUGGAGAAGGCAUUGAAUGACGCUAAAAUGGACAAACGGCAGAUUCACGACAUCGUCCUUGUGGGAGGUUCAACGAGAAUUCCCAAAGUACAGAAUCUCUUGCAGUCGUUCUUCUGUGGAAAAUCAUUGAAUCUGUCGAUCAAUCCCGAUGAAGCGGUAGCUUAUGGAGCUGCGGUACAAGCAGCCAUUCUGAGUGGUGACAAGAGUAGUGAAAUUCAAGAUGUUCUUCUUGUUGAUGUUGCUCCAUUGUCACUGGGUAUCGAGACAGCAGGCGGAGUAAUGGCCAAGAUAGUGGAACGGAAUUGCAGAAUACCUUGCAAGCAGACCCAAACGUUCUCAACGUUUGCCGACAACCAGCCAGCCGUUACCAUCCAAGUAUAUGAAGGUGAAAGGGUGAUGACAAAAGAUAACAACCUACUGGGCACAUUUGAUCUGUCGGGCAUUCCACCAGCUCCUAGAGGAACACCACAGAUAGAGGUGACAUUUGAUUUGGACGCAAAUGGUAUUCUGAAUGUGUCUGCCAAAGAAACUGGAACAGGCAACACCAAGAACAUAACCAUUAAGAACGAUAAGGGUCGUCUGUCACAAGCCGAAAUCGACAGAAUGGUAAACGAGGCUGAGAGGUUCCAGGAGGAGGACGAGAAGCAACGGCAGAAGAUCGCAUCUCGUAACACCCUCGAGAGCUAUGUAUUCGGGGUGAAGCAAGCCAUCGACCAGGCCGGAGAUAAAAUAAGCAACCAAGAGAAGGAAAUUGCACGAAAAGCCUGCGAGGAAACAAUCAAAUGGUUGGACUCGAACACACUCGCUGACAAGGAAGAAUACGAAGACAAAAUAAAGAACGUAUCGAGCAUUUGCAGUCCGAUUAUGACAAAGAUCCACAAUGGAGGAGCAAAUAGUGCUCAAGGAUGUGGCCAGCAAUCUGGUGGAUUCGGUGGCCGCACUGGUCCCACCGUAGAAGAAGUCGAUUAAAGUGAUUCCUAGCCUAGAAUUUUAUAAGAUAGGUUGACUGAAUAGGCAUUUCCAUUGUACAUUGUUUUCAUUAGUCAUCAUAAUUUAAUUUAAACCUUUAGAAUGUAAAUAGGUUUAAGUAAAUUAAGAAAGUUGAAAAUAAAUAAUUUAAGUUUUUAUCAAAAAAAAAAUAA